UACUUUCAAUUUUAUUCUGGCCCCAAGCAUUUACUUUCAAAUUGAAAUGUUUAGUCCAGAAAUGACAAGCCGGCAUUACAAUAGCACAGGAUGUUCAAUGCCACUCGUUGCUGCGGUUGCUGGUCAUUACUCAUAGGAUGCUAUUUGAUUGCAUUUGUUACGUUCGUCUAUAGUGUCUUGAGUAUUCAAUUUGUUUUGAUAUUUCACACCGACCAAUAUAGUGGCGACAAAAAAGGAACUAAAGGCGAUUACGAUUCAUUCAUAUGCUUGGUGGUACCUGAAGUAAUCCUAUUUUUGGCGUCCUGCUCCUUAGUCCUUUAUGGGUUGUUUUUUGUACUAUUUAAGCGCAAGAAGUUUUUAGUCUUCAUUUACGUCGGCCUCGUUGGUCCCCACAUCGUCUACUUCAUAUUGAUGUUCAUUAUAACCACAGCAAUCGGUAUAAAUAUAAUUAUAAACAGGGCCGGCGAUUACGUUCACAUCUUUUGGCCCUUUUGUCUGUUUCGAUUCGGUAAGUGAAAUUUUCUCAUUCCAAAUAUAAUUUAUAAGUGAUUCCAGAG